AUGAAUUCAACUGCAGCAUCAGACUCGACGGGUACAGUUCCUGCAUUUGAUCUAGCGAUUCUGCAAGAAACGCUUGAUCAUAUAACCCGGGAGGCCUAUGGAUGGCUUGCCUUCAUUACCGUCAUCUGCAUCGUUACCUGUCCACUUACAACUUCAAUGAAUGCACUGAUCAUAAUCGCUGUAAAGACUAAAAACCAAUUGAAAACCAAGUCUAACAUUGCGCUCGCUUGUUUGUCGACUACUGAUCUGGCAAUGGGUGUGAUUGGCAAACCUCUAUAUAUCUCUGAGGUGAUCGCCGAACUGCAAGGAAACACCUCCAGUACGUACUGUAUAAGAACGCUGUUAGCGACAAUCGUUUUAAGAGUGUUAGGUAUAGCAUCACUGUCUCACUUAGCCAUGGUGAACCUAGAGAGGUAUAUUGCCAUUAAACAUGCCCUGCGGUACGAAACCAUCGUCACUGAAAAGCGCCUCACUUGUUUGUCAUCUCUCCUGUGGAUUAUAUUAUUGACAAUAACUGUCUCUUUAUCUUUCUUUGAUGAAAACACUUAUCUUAGGGUGGACACCAUAUUUAUGUCUCUUUGCAUAACCACUAUCAUCUUCUGUCAAGUUGUGCUUUACCAUGAAACACGUCGGCAUCAAAAAGAAAUCGCUGCCGGGCAAUUCUCCAUGGAAGCCAGAGAAAAAUUCUUAAGGGCGAAAAAAGCUUUUAAACUGACAACAAUGAUACUUUUCUCCUUGAUAUUGUGUUAUUUACCUUUCAUAGUAGCACAAAUGCUAAUAUCAAAGUCUGUUAUCAAUUCGGUCAAUUUAGUAUACAUAGCCCUAUUUACAGGCAGAACAGUGGCACUUUUCAACUCGAUGGUCAACCCGAUCAUUUACUGUGUACGAAUUAGACAGUUUCGCGUUGCGUUUAUUCAACUUUUGUUUAGAAAAAGCAGAUUGAAAAUGAUUCACUGUUAAAUUACUCUCAUAAUUAAUAUAGUUUACUCAGAGUAGUCGGGGCAUCUUUUUCAAUUUUCUAAAUGUAAUCAGCCUUAACAACGGCUAUAAUUACAAGAAACCGCUGGCGGAUCCAGGAUGGUGGAUAGUUCUAGUUACUUCUUUAAUGGUAAAUGACGCGAGAAUGCUAUACUUCCCAAGUUUAAAGGUUUUAAAUAUGUAAGCCAACUUUAUUAUUUUAUUAACUCCUAAUGUUUGGCUUUUACGGCUACUAUAAAAAAAUGAUGAGAUUUGGGUACCGCUAAUAAACUCGUCAAGAUGAUGUUCUAAUGACCCCACAUGAAUGGUUUUUAAGUCACAAGAGAUGGGGAGGGCGUGGCUACGAACCCGGUCUGAACAGGCAAGUGUACGCUCAAUAGAGAGCGGCCACUCCAAAGUGGUUCGUAAUAAAGUAGCUUUGUCUUUAGCUCAGACUUCACUUUGGUAUAGAAACAAACACACCAAGGAAAAAGGAAAAGAGUUCCUUAUACAAAAACAGUCGUCAUCUUCUUCUUCGGACUGUAUUGUUAUUGGCUAUGAAGACUCGUAAUCAGUAAUUGGUGCGUUUCGAUCCGUCUAUUGUCACAGUUAAACAGUCGUCUAUUGUUAGUCAAAUUGUCAGUUCUCCAGUCGUUCUCUCGUAGUUAGUUUUGCUUUUCUGUUAACAUGAUUGAUAAUUUUAAGCUCAACUAGCCAUUGAUAUUCCGUGAAAAUCCAAAAACGAGGGGCUCCCAACGAUGAUUUCCUCCUGCAUUUAAAACACUUUUUAGGCUAUCCAGAGUACUUUUAGAUCUCUAGAAAUGCAUUCUAAGCGGCGCUAUAAAAUUUGUAUCUGUUCAGUCAUGCUAGGGGAAAUUGCAUUGAGUCUUACCGAAAUUACAAGGGCUUCAGUAAUAUUUUCAAGAAAAUUUUAGAUGCAUAUUGAAGUUUUACGAAAGUGAAAAUUUUUCUGAUUUCUCUCUCCACCUCAUUUUCGAAUCCGAAAAUUUUAGGAUUCCUUUUUCUACGAAGAAAUAGCUUAAUGUGGGAGAGAGAAAAUUAUACUUUAGAAAAUCGUAGCGAAUUCAUUGGAAAUUCUACGUCUAGUGGAACGGUUAUCUAGAAAUGUUUAGCCUUCCUCGAGAUAGAGAAAAUUCUAGGCAAUUUUUACUUCUCCCAAAAGAUAUUUUACCGAAAACAGUUCUUGCGUGCCCCUGAAAAACGGCUAUUACUUAACUUCCUGGAUUAAACCACAAACCGACCUAGAAUUAAAAAAACAGUUUCAAAUUUCUUCGAAACCUCUUUUCAAGAUUUACUUUAACAAUUGAUGUGUUUAAUAUUAGUUUGUUAAGUCCGCCUUGGAAAAGCCGACGGUUUUAAUCUAAAAUGUUGGUUCUGAUUAAUCCGUUCUAAUUAAUCAACUGGUGAAUUUACCUUUAGAGGCCUUUAAAACCGUAUUUUUGCUAAUGGUGUGGAAAUCCCCCAUUCACAUGCCAAAUCCGGUUGCACAGUAAGUAUAUUUUCCCUCCAUAUAUACUGUGUUCGUUAUUAUGCGAAAACUGCUGUAAAAUAUGAAACAGAGUUUUAGACCGCCAAUUCAAUAGAUGGUCGUGCACGCAAUACCCAGAAAGAAACUGACUUGUCUUCAUCAAGUUGAGCCAAAGAGAAGAUAUGAAUUCAACUGCAGCAUCAGACUCGACGGGUACAGUUCCUGCAUUUGAUCUAGCGAUUCUGCAAGAA